UAAUUCAUAAAUUGUUGAAGUGCUGUGAAUCUGGCUGCCUUAGAAAGAGAUAUUAGGAGAAUGCUAUGUCCCUACUGUGAGAGCCUUUGAGAGGAAGCUAUUGAUUGCCUAGAAAUUAAAACGAGGUGUGAGAAGUCUGAUUGAUCAAGGUGGAAAUAUUUUUCCAAGAGCCUUUUGCAAAACCUUCAGACAGUCCCAUUCGUGCCAUGUUUUGUGGCUCUCACCUUAAGAGGAAUUUGUCUUGAUGAAGAUUCCUAACAUUGGUAAUGUGAUGAAUAAAUUUGAGAUCCUUGGGGUUGUAGGUGAAGGAGCCUAUGGCGUUGUACUUAAAUGCAGACACAAGGAGACACAUGAAAUUGUGGCUAUCAAGAAAUUCAAAGACAGUGAAGAAAAUGAAGAAGUCAAAGAAACCACUUUACGAGAGCUUAAAAUGCUUCGCACAUUGAAACAGGAGAACAUUGUGGAGCUGAAGGAAGCCUUCAGAAGAAGAGGAAAAUUAUACUUAGUUUUUGAAUAUGUGGAAAAAAAUAUGCUUGAAUUGCUAGAAGAAAUGCCAAAUGGAGUUCCACCAGAAAAAGUGAAAAGCUACAUCUACCAGCUAAUUAAAGCAAUUCAUUGGUGCCAUAAGAAUGAUAUUGUUCAUAGAGAUAUCAAGCCAGAGAAUCUCUUAAUAAGCCACAAUGAUGUUCUGAAGUUGUGUGACUUUGGCUUUGCACGUAAUCUCUCUGAAGGAAGCAAUGCUAACUAUACAGAAUAUGUGGCUACCCGAUGGUACCGCUCACCUGAACUCUUGCUUGGAGCCCCUUAUGGCAAGGCUGUGGAUAUGUGGUCUGUAGGCUGUAUCCUGGGGGAGCUGAGCGACGGGCAGCCCCUGUUCCCUGGCGAGAGUGAGAUUGACCAGCUCUUCACCAUUCAGAAGGUGCUAGGCCCACUGCCAGCCGAGCAGAUGAAGCUCUUCUACAGCAACCCACGCUUCCAUGGCUUGCGGUUUCCAGCAGUCAAUCAUCCACAGUCUUUAGAGAGAAGAUACUUGGGAAUUUUAAGUGGUGUAUUACUUGAUCUUAUGAAGAACUUACUGAAGUUAGAUCCAGCAGAUAGAUAUUUGACAGAACAAUGUUUGAACCACCCUUCGUUUCAAACCCAAAGACUCUUGGAUCGCUGCGGAAGUUCACCUUCACGGUCAGCUAAGAGAAAACCUUACCAUGCAGACAGCAACACUUUAUCCAACAGAAAUCAAGCCAGCAAAAGUUCUGCUUUGCAGUCACACCACAGAUCAAACAGCAAGGAUAUGCAGACACUAGGGGCUGGCGGGCCAAGAGAAGAGGGGCUUCCAGCAAAUGAAAGCUUUUUAAAUGGAAACCUUCCUGGACCUGCACCUAGUCCAAUGCACGCAAAAAACCCGAGCAACACACCUGGAUCUGGCAACAAGGAUAUAGCCAAUAAUAACAUGCCGCACCUUCUCAGCCCAAAGGAACCAAAGGGAAAAACAGAGUUUGAUUUUAAUGUGGACACCAAAAGUUCUGAUGGUUCAGGCACAAAGUACCUGAAGUCUAACACCAGAUCUCAGCAGAACCGGCACUCCUUUAUGGAAACUUCUCAAAGCAAAACUGGGACGCUGCAGCCCGGCGACAAGCACAGUCGCCACAGCUACAUCGAUACCAUCCCACAGUCUUCUAAGAGUCCCUCCUAUCGGACAAAGUCCAAGAGCCAUGGAGUUCUGACAGACUCAAAAUCCGUGGGCAACCUUUCUGAGGCCAGGGCCCAAGCUGCAGAACCAAACACCAGUAGGUAUUUUCCAUCCAGCUGUAUGGACUUGAACUCUCCUACCAGUCCAAGUGCUCCCCGGCACAGUGACAACAGAACUAUGCUCAGUCCAUCCACGAGGAAUAACCGCAGCGAGGGUACCCUGGACGCCCGAAGACCACCAACAAGACACUCCAAAACAAUGGAGGAGUUAAAACUGCCAGAUCACAUGGAUGGAAGCCAUUCCCACUCUCUAUCUGCUCCACAUGAAUCUUUUUCCUAUGGUCUAGGUUAUACCAGUCCUUUUUCUUCACAGCAGCGCCCUCAUAGACACUCUAUGUAUGUGAGCCGGGACAGAGUGAGGUCAAAGGGCUCAGAGGGUGGCUUAAGCGUAGGGCAAGGGAUGGCAGCCAGAGCAAACAGCCUGCAACUGUUAUCUCCACAGGUGCAGCAUAAGUCACUCACAAGGUCUGUUGGCUCAUCACGAGAAGACUGUACGGAAGAUUCUAAUAGGGGUGGAGCAUAUCAUGAUCCACACACAGAAGAUGGAGCAUCUACUAAGGAGAAUAGAAUUCUGUAUAAUGACCCUGUUCCGAGAAGAGUUGGCAGCUUUUACAGAGUUCCAUCUCCACGUCCAGAGAGUACCUACAUAGAAAACAAUGUGUCAAACAGAGCCUCGGUGUUACCAGCAGACAGCACCACAGUGACAAACCACCCCAAGAGACAAACCACCUUUGAUACCUGGAAGAGUCCUGAAAACCUUAACAGUCAUUCAGAACAGCUCAAGGAGAAAGAAAAGCAAGGUUUUUUCAGGGCAAUAAAAAAGAAAAAGAAGAAAUCUCAAAAUACAGACUCAACCAACGGCGAGAAUCCAAGCAUCAAGAAAUCCCUCUUUCCUCUUUUUAAUUCAAAGAAUAAUUUAAAGCAUAGUUCUUCUUUGAAAAAACUUCCUGUAGUCACUCUACCAAUGAUGCCUAACACUGAAGGUCAGGAUCUCUUGGCAUUACAGAAAGCCAUUCAUUCUUCCAAUCACCAGAGCAGCAGGCAGAAGGAUUGGCAUCCUGAGAAGAUGACAGAAAUCCAGCCUCAUAGCCAGCCGUUAAAAUCUCUUCGGAAGCUCUUACACCUCUCCUCAAACCACCCUGUCGCUGCUGAGCCCCGCUUCCAGCCCUUACCGAGCCAGCCAGCCAAAGCUUCUUUUCCUGAAGUGCGAAUUCAUCCCAUGAGUCAAAGCUCCAGCAGCAGCAGCAGCAACGUGCGGCCGGAGCCCCAGCCGAAGAGCCGGCCAACGCUGCAGAUCCCGAGCCAGCUGGAGCCCACCUGGCACGUGUCCCCGGUGAACAGGAGCGUGAGCGAUGGGCCCCCCUACUCCGACCAGCUGCCUUCCAAGAGCGGACAGAACGGGCACACCUACAGCCGAACAAACCGGUCGCGAAUGCCAAAUCUGAAUGAUCUCAAAGAGACAGCCUUGUAAUUGCACUGCAGCAAAUAGACCAGUGUGGGUGGAGAUCAGCAUAGGGGAGCGGUGGUGGUUCUGGUGAUGGUAAGACUGCAUUUUCAGCUUUAUAAAGGUGUGCAAUAUGUACGUGUGGAGCUAUGCUGUUCGGCACCACGAGAGAGUCAGGGAUUAUACAGGAGCAAAAGUGAAACUAUGAAUUACCAGUCAUCAGAAAUGUCACUGGAUGCCAGGCAGAGUGUGCCAGUCAGGGAGAAAAAUGCAUUGUCAUUUUCUCUCAUUUACAUUCCAGCUUAGUGCACAUCUCUGUCUGAAAGCUGGGAGACUUCUGGUAUGUAUUGGCACUUAUAAGGGUGAAAACAUUGUCUAGGCCUAUGCCCUUACUACAUUUUUUGCUGCCUAGUUAAAACAGUGGGGUUUAUGUGAUAAAAGUGUAUCCCUGUUAAGGGUUUAAAGUUAAAUUGUAUGUCUUAAAUUUGUUUUUUAAACUUCCAUAUUUGAUAGGAUUUGUAAUAUUUAUUUAUGAUGACCUAAUAUCGUACUGUUAUAAUCAUAUCUUUUAUGUUAUAAUGUAAAGUUAUUUUGAGCUGUUUGAAACAUUGUGAAGCAGUGCAACAGCUACAGUAGUUUCUAUAAAAAACUAACAGUAACAUUUAUAUAUUGCAUCAGGAGUAUUUUAUUCUAUAUAUAAAUAUAUAUAUAAAUGGAAAAUAACUGUCUGUUUUUUAAAUAUACUCAUUUAAAAGAAAAGUAUUGUUAUGACACUAUCUGCCAUAUUUUUUAUACAUUUGUGAUAUAAAGUGCAGUAUUAUACUUCUAAUAAAAGGAAGUUGAAUGUGGAUAUAAAUGUGAC